UACAGUUUGAAAUUAACCGGUUGUAACAAAGCAACUUGGCGUCCAUUUGUUCUGAUUCGAAUCGAAUUUCAUAUUCACAUUACUCCACUGAUACGAGAACACCACAUGAAAACGAACAAUACGUAAACAAUGAAAUUCAGCGAACACAAAGCAAGGAUCCUGGCACUGACGGCCAAUCAUGUGGACGAGCUGCAGGCAAUGUGGACACGGAUGUUCGAGCCGCAAACCUGCGAGGAUUGCAUCGUUCGUCUGGAGGCUCACGCACAAUCCUUCUACACAGAUAUUAUCAAGGAGUCGCGCGAUAAGGAGCAGACCAUCAUCAGUGACAUAGCCGGUCUACGCACCGAGGCCACCGACCUUAGCCGGCUGCUCCACAAAACGGUAGACAUUGGCCAGCGGCCGGACGAUGUGCCGCUGGUCAUCUGGUACAUGAAGCUGGACACGAGCAUCGAACAUCUGCGCGAAGAGCUGGCCAGCCGACGGGCAGAGAUCAGCGAGCUUCUCCAGCAGCAGCAACAGCUCUGCGAUGAGCUGGGCGAACUGCCACAUCCCCUUCUAGCUGAUCCCCUGCCGCUGCCCGAGGAGAUGGACUCCUUUCGGGAUCACCUCGCCCAGCUGCGGGAUCAGCGAGUGCAGCGCCUCGAGGAGAUGGACCAGCUGCGCCACAGCAUCAGACACAACAUGAAACUACUCGAACUUCAUUCGCAAACGGACUCGGAAAAGCAGCUGCUCAAUUCGGAUACUCAUAGGCCUACUCCCGAAUCUUACGAGCGGCUGCAAACAAUGCACAAGGAGUACGCCGACCAGGUGCAGGAGCUACGCGAGCGCAUCGACGAGAUGCGCGACAAGAUUGAUCUACUCUGGCAGCGGCUCAGGCUAACCGACGAAUAUGCCAUGCGCCGUGUGCGCGAAUCCACGUCCUAUAACCAGCGCACCUUCGACAUACUGCGCGAGGAGCUGGAGCGCUGCCAGGCCAUGCGACAGCAGAAUCUAAAGACCUUCAUCGAUCAGCUGCGCAUCGAGAUCAACGAGUGGUGGGAUCUCACACUGAAAAGCACCAAAGAGCGCAGGCGCUUCACCAGCUACUACUGUGAUACCCAGAGCGAGGAUGUGCUAGAGCUGUUCGAAAGGGAGCUGGACCACCUUAAGGAGUUCUACAACAGCAAUAGGAGGAUCUUUGAGCUAUACUCGAGUCGCGGCGAGCUGUGGUCGCGCAUGGAGGCACUGGAGGCCAAGGCCAACGAUCCCAAUCGGUUCAACAAUCGCGGUGGACAGCUGCUCAAAGAGGAGAAGGAGCGCAAGACAAUGAUGACCCGUCUGCCCAAGAUCGAUCAGCAAAUCACGGAGCUGGUGAAAGUGUACAUGAGUCAGGCGAACACACCGUUCCUGGUGCACGGCGAGGACAUACUGAACAGCAUGUCGGCGGACUGGGAGCGCCAUCACCAGUCCAAAAAGCAGCCCUCCGCCCAGAAGAAAGAUAACAAUAAUACGAUCGGGAAAAUGAAGCCGCCAAUGGCGCCUCUUACGCCAAAUACGAUAAAGGGCAACCGGGGCAUCCAUGGAUCCUCAUCCUCGUUGAAGAAGACGCCGUCCAAGUCGAAUGCGAGCACCACGGCCAAGAGCACAGGGAAUCUGCAGAAGAGACGGCAUCCCAACCACGGCAGGAAUAGUCCACAGCCGGCAGCUGCGGCCAAGCGAAAUCUAAUCACAUCGCUGGAGUGCAACAAUUCAGGUCCCAUGCUAGGUGUAAACAAUGAGCAGAAGCCGCUCAAGUCGCCGCAGAAGAAGGUGCGCGUGCUGGAAUACUCGGUGCGCCGCGGCAAGGCAUCCGGCAGGCCGAGCACAGGGAGCAGGAAUCCCCAGCGGAAUCGCCCCAUCCCCCAAAUCAAUGUGCGUCCGCCGUCGGGCGAGGAGAACGAAAGCCCCGACGAGGAGAGCGGCGACUUGGAGUCGCUCGCUGUCUACUAAGUAGAGCAACACUCUAAUCAAAUCGAUUUGCAAUCGCAUCGGCAACUAAUCUGUGUUCUAUAUCUACCUGAACUGAAGUAUUUCGCUCACAGUUGCAGACACAUCGGAUUAACAUAUAUGUAUAUAGUUUUAGGCUUUUACUAACAAAAAGACUAUCUAAAUUUACAACUUUUAACGCGUAUCAAACGACUUGCUUUAGCUGUGACUGCAACUGAGUAAAUGAGCAAUUGUCAACUUUUAAAUUAUAGUCAAAUAAAAAAAAAUUUUACAUUA